AUGAUAUCAUCCAACCCUGGAGCAAGUGAAGCCAUGCCCAAUCCAUACCCACAAAACAGAUACACAGCUCCCGGGUCUCCAGGGUUGAUAAACCUAGGGAACCAAGUUCAGAGAGGCCAAGUUCCAUUCAUCACAACUACAGGAAUCAUGUUUGCAAAUCAGCAGGGUCAAGGAAACACACAAGAGAUAAACCCAGCAGCAGCACAAGGAACAAAAAAGUUUAAAGAAGAAGCAAAAGCACUGGGGUUCAUAAUCUCUGGCUCACUCUCUGUAGCAGCAUCCAAGCAACUUUCCAGUUGUCUGCUGAAAGGCACCCUGGGGAUGAACAUUGUCAGUGCUAUCUUUGCCAUCCCUGGAGUGAUUAUGCUGCUGGUAGAUGUGUUCAUCAAUGGCAUGCCUCAACAAACCUACUGGGCAUUGACCGCUGGGAAGGGAAUUUCAAGCAUGCUGUUAAUUCUCUCCCUCUUGGUGUUCUGCAUAAAUUGUGUCACAGCCCACUUUGCAAGAAGAGCAAUCAGUGCCACCAGAAGGCUCGUCAUGAUUGUUCCAGCUGUGUAUGCAGUCAACUUUAUGGCACCAGGGUCUUCCUCAGCUCCUCCCAGAACUGAUGGCUACCCAGCUUACUCCAAUAACUAUUAA